GGAAUCAGACAAACAGAAGGUUUACAAGCUGAACCUCUGCUUCGGAAUCCAGCUGUGUUUUGUGAACAACAUACAAAAAUGAUUAACAUGAUGUUUUCAGUGGUCUGGACUCUCCUGCUGCCCUUGCUGGUUGGAAGUGCCCCGAAUUCUCAGGAACUGUUUCCGACAGAUUGCUCUGAUAUCUACGUUAAAGGAAACACACUCAGUGGAGUGUACACAAUCUACCCUACAGCAGACACACCUGUCCAGGUGUACUGUGACAUGGGAUGUCAGGGAAGUCUAACAAAGGAUGGGAAUUGGACGGUGUUUCAGAGGAGAAUGGACGGCAGUGUGAAUUUCUACAGACCAUGGCAGCACUACAAGAAAGGGUUUGGGAACAAGGAUGGAGAAUACUGGCUGGGAUUAGAGAACCUCUACCAGCUCACACGUAAGAGGAAAUAUGAGCUGAAGGUGGACCUGCAGGACUUUGAUGGAGCGACGGUUUACGCUCGGUAUUCUUCUUUCUCUGUUGACUCGGAAGCCGAGGGCUACAAACUCCAUCUUAGUGGUUUCAUCAAUGGAGGUGCAGGUGAUUCUAUGGCUACAAGCAAUGGACAGAAAUUCUCCACCUUAGAUAAAGACCAGGACUCAGAGCCAGUGCAACACUGUGCUAAAACCUACCUUGGGGCUUUUUGGUACAAUCGGUGCCAUGAGACCAACCCCAAUGGGAUAUACCUGUGGGGACGUGACGGCACUCUUUUUGCCAUCGGAAAUGUGUGGCAACAUUGGAAAGGCUAUGAUUAUGGUCUUAAAUACAUCGCUAUGAAGAUCAGACCUGUGUCUGUAGCAUGAUGAUGCAUUUCUGUAAUGA